UUCCUGGCAUGUUUAAGUUUAGGAGUUCUAAAAGUUUUUCUUUUUGUAUAUUUUGCAUCCAAUCCAAUAGAGUGUUAAUAAAAUACGUUUCCUCUAGCUUUGUUUAAUCAAAGGAGAGCUUGUGAACAAAUUACUUGCUACUGUUACAUAUUCAGCAACUGCCAAUUCGUAUAAAAAUCUGCCAAUCACUUGUAGCCAAACCAUUCUAUCAAUUUUUUUCCUUCAGAUAUCGAUCUAAUUACGCUUCUACGUAUCGAGCUACUUAUAAAGCUAUAACGACCAUGGCUAUUCAGAAGUGGCUGCUGUUUCUGUUUUUGCAUAUACAUCUUCACGGUCUCAUCCUAGCACAGCUGCCUGGUUUAUUACACACUCGAUGUGGUAACGGUAACUACACUGAAAAUAGUGCAUACGAGAAUAAUCUUAACUCGCUUCUCUCUUCCCUUUCCUCAAAUAUGGAUAAAUAUGGUUUCUACAAUGCUUCCAUUGGCCAAAACUCCGACAUGGCCAGUGCCAUUGUGCUAUGUAGAGGAGAUGUGGAGCUAGAAAAAUGUCGCAGUUGUGUUAAUAACAUUUCUCAAAAGCUUGUACAGUCAUGUCCUGACAAAAUAGAAGCUUUUGGUGCCUAUGAUGGAUGUAUGUUACAGUACUCUAAUAGAUCCAUUUUGAACACUAAGUCAUUCUCUACUCUAUUUUACAUGUGGAAUAAUAGAAAUGCUUCAAAACCUGAGGAGUUUAAUCGGGAAGUAUUUAAAUUAUUAGAUAGAUUACGAGGCGUUGCUGCAAAUGGUGAUCCACGUCGAAAAUAUGCUAGUGCUAAUGCAACAGGUCCAGAUUUUCAGACAAUAUAUGCACUUGUGCAGUGUACUCCUGAUUUAUCUCCUAGGAAUUGCUUCAAUUGCUUAACUAACGCUUAUGGAUAUAUGCCUUAUUGUCCCUGCAAUGGAAAGAGCGGUGGCAGAAUAGUAGGUAUUAGGUGCAACUUUCGUUAUCAAAUCUACCCUUUCUUCGAGGAUGUGGCGUUGGAAGCUCCGCCUCCUGCAGGGAAUGAUAAUAAAACAGUUCCUAUAGGGAGGGAUGAUAAAACAGCUCUAAUGGGAAAGGAUGAUAAAACAACACGAACAAUCAUCAUUAUCGUUGUACCAACUGCUACAAUAUUUAUUCUAAUUAUUUGUAUUUCUGUCAUCUUGAUGAGGAGGCAUAAAAGGAAGUUGGUGAAAGAAAUUCAGAGUACACACAGGGAUGAUAUUAGCACCGCAGAAUCCUUGCAAUAUGAUUUUUCUACAAUUAGAGCAGCAACAGAUAACUUCUCAAAUGCUAAUAAGUUGGGACAAGGCGGAUUUGGUCCUGUGUACAAGGGUAAGCUUCAAAAUGAACAAGAAGUAGCAGUAAAAAGAUUGUCAGCAGAUUCAGGCCAAGGUGAUCUAGAAUUCAAAAACGAGGUUUUAUUGGUUGCCAGGCUUCAACAUAGGAAUUUGGUUAGGUUGCUGGGAUUUUGCCUAGACGGAACAGAGAGACUUCUUGUCUAUGAAUUUGCUCCCAAUGCAAGCCUUGAUCAUUUUUUAUUUGAUUCAAUUAAACGUAGGCAAUUGGAUUGGGAAAGGAGAUCCAAAAUCAUAGGAGGCAUUGCUAAGGGAAUUCUUUAUCUUCACGAGGAUUCUAGGCUUCGGAUCAUUCAUCGUGACCUCAAAGCUAGCAAUGUUCUCCUUGAUGCAGAAAUGAAUCCAAAAAUUUCAGACUUUGGCAUGGCAAGACUGUUUACAUUGGAUGAAACUCAAGGGAACACAAGUAGAAUUGUUGGGACCUAUGGAUAUAUGGCACCAGAAUAUGCAAUGCACGGGCAAUUUUCAGUCAAAUCAGAUGUUUUUAGCUUUGGAGUACUAGUCUUAGAAAUUUUAAGUGGACAAAAAAACACUUGUUUCAGAAAUGGAGAAUCCCUGGAAGAUCUUCUGAGCUAUCAGGCUUGGUCGAGUUGGCGGAAUGGAACAACUAUAAAUUUUAUAGAUCCAAUGCUGAGGGGAACCUCGGGACUCGUUCGGGACAUAAUGAGAUGCGUUCACAUUGCUUUAUUGUGUGUUCAAGAAAAUGUGGUUGAUAGACCAACCAUGGCAGCAGUUGUUCUCAUGCUCAGUAGCCUCUCUUUGAGUCUUCCAGUGCCUUCAGUGCCUGCUUACUAUAUGCACAACAACACUAGUGCAGAGAUGUCGCUUAUUCAAGAAUACAACAAAAGUAAUGGUUCGUCACGAAAUGAGGCGUCAAUAUCUGAGUUAUAUCCUCGUUAACAUCCUUAGACAUAAUAACCUUUUCUUCAAGUUUACUUAUUUUCUUUAUUAAUACUAAUUCUAGUGUAUGUGCUCAGGGGAUCUUAGUAGCUUAGUCGGUUAGUUACCUGAACUUUUACCUUGUGGCGAGGGUUCAAUUUCUUACCUUGUAAUCCCCUCCCCCCUUUCCACUCCCCCUACCCCUAUCCCUUAUGUAUCGAAAAAAUGUGCCUACAUAUAGUCUAGCUAGCCAUUAUUGUAAACUUUAUUAUAUUUAAAAGCAGCAA